AUGGACGCGUUUGAAAGUCCCUUUUGCAAUCUCGAUCUGUGGUGUGACUGGUCCGGUGACCCCCUCGACCCAGUCGGUGUUUGUAUGACUGUUGAAGUCUGGUGCACUCCGGAUUCCCAGAUCAACGUCCUGGAUACCUCACAUCCUUUAGUCGAAGAAAUUUCAGAUUUCACGCUCACUCCCAUCGAAAAAUCGGAAGACAGAACCGCUAGCCUUUUUAGCCAGCACUCGAGGACGCAGAGUGCUGAACACGGAAAAAGCCAAGCCCACCCAGUGUCUUCGGAAAAAUGGAUGAGAGAGUCGGUGACGCCAACAAACGCGACGUCUCCUGUUACUCCGGAGAAACAGUCAGCUCAUGCAACCCUGCAUCCAAAUAUCAUGCGGAACACAGAUCAUCCUUCUGAUUCAGGAAGCGUGCUGCGGGUUGCAAGUACGCCUGAUGGAUCUCCAGGGCCUGUUCUGGACGCUUUUUAUGCAAGCUUCUUUCAAGGAGGGUCAUCUCCGGGCUAUCACGAUGCAGACGGGCAGUCACCCACUAAUCCUCGUAAGCGGAGCGCCAAAGCAGCCUCUCUACCUGACUCGGUCACGGAUUCCGAGAGAGCGUAUGGAGGCGAGAAAGUCAAAGCGUUACAGCAGGCUUCAGUCAGAGGAAGACAAUCGCCAGUCUCUUCGGGCUCACCAGAUUCGAAACAGUCCCGGAAAAGCUUGCUUCCUCGGCCCGUGGCCCUCGUUGGAAAACAGGCUCGGCUUCGUUCCACGUCAACUACCGCGCCCACCAUGUCAGUACCGACUAUGAUUGCUGAGCCUGAGCCAUCUGUGCAAAAUUUCAUGUCCGAAAAGGGUAGUUUACCGGACGACGGUUUGAAAGCUGAACCGGGGCGUGAUUCUGCGCAAAGGUUCAGCCAUGUUUCGACAACUGACGCAAGCCCUUGUCUCAAGCCCCGCACAACACCAAAUCUCGACAAAUUGAGCCAAUGUCUCAACGACAUCGAAAGUCUUUCGACUGUUGCAUCUGUUGGUAGCUCGUGUGACAUGGCCGCAAUGCUAGAUCCGGUUGAUGCCUCGUUUGGGGAAAUUCCGACCCGGGGUGAUUGCGUCGAAAAUCCGUCGCCCAUUUUCGCCAUCGAUCAGCCGAGACUACGUCUCACCAGGCAGGUCCUUCACAUCGAUUGCUCUCCAGAAACCAAGCCAUCAUGGUACAGGGUCUCAGUCUCCUUUUUCCUUCGUCUUGAAACUGGAAAAGUACGGGGCUGGUGCGCACUCGUGGUUUCUGGGCUACCUGGCCUCAGCGCAACUGAUCAUGGAUAUGUGUACCUUCGAAUUCCGGAUGGCCAGGGCCUGGAAUUUCGCAGUUUACACCUCAAAAGAUAUGAAAUCAUUCAAGGUUGCCUAAUUGCCCAGUUCCAACUCCUCCAAUCACAGCUGAUAAUUCCACUUCGCCCCUGCGACGCUCAAUUCUACGGAUUUCUUCGUGAUUUCAAGGUCAAUCAAACGAUCCGAAACCGAAUUCUCGGAAAAUGCAGUUGCUCUGGUGGCUAUCAAAUUGAGUAUACCGCCAUAUGUUCUUUAGAUCUGAUACAACGUGAUUUUUGGGCGGAGCAGUGUGGGUUCCACGUCUACAUACAUGGAGGCCCGGCCGGUGAAUAUAGCUGCCACCUCGACACACCACUUGCAAACUUUCAGGUCAUUCAACUGGAUGGGGAUCAUGACCUGGAAGUGGGGACUACGCAGCUAAGAAUUAUUUGCGCCCUCGCAAACCUCAACAUGUUUGUGAUUACAUGGCGGAUUUGCUUGCCCCGAGCGGAGCCCGUGAGCUGGACACCUUACAUCUCAACGUCAAGAGAUGCGUGUCGGGUCGAAGAGGACCUGCAAGCUCGAUACCUCUAUGCUGAGGAUGACGACUUCGAAGUUGUUCGUGGCGAAUCCAAAUCACGACUGGUCGCCUUGAACAGAUUCAACCGGGGCUCUGGAUUGAAUUCGAUAGUCAGUUGGAUGAUAGUCUUGUCCGUUGUUGUUAUUUGCCUAGUUAUCUUAUGGACUUCGGCCAAUCGUGACUUCGAUGAUGGGUUGGGUCGCUUCAACCUAGCGGCGGAGAAAUGGGGGGAGCAUUUCUGGAACUCUAGGCUGGCGGAAUCCAAGGUACCAGCAAUUCAAAGGGGAAAGCAAGAUCACGAAGAAAUUGGCUAUGUCUGCGACAUUCCUGAGACUGUGAUGAGUGUUGGAGAAAGAUCUCCAGAGGCCAGUCAUGUCCCCGAGUCUGCUGAAGAUCUCAAACUUCAUUCGCAAUCACAGGCGACAGAACAUCAGGCCUCAUUCGACAUACGAGAUCAGGUUGACUAUUUUUUGGGAUGGAGAGGCCCGGUGGGGGUGUGA